UCCUAAACAUUCCUCUUCUAUAAAUGUAGUUCCAACACUGUUAUUCAUGUAUCUAUUUACAUAAUAAUUGUGUUGGAUUUUUAUUCACUUCCUUAAAAUUUUGAUUAUUAAUUCGUUUGUUAUGUUAAUUGAUAUAGAGGCUCAAUUUUGUGUUUGAUAAUGCUUUUACAUUACAUACGUGCACUAAUGCCUUCAAUUGCAAUUUCGUGUUCGGCAUGUUUGAUGUGCCCUGAUUUAUUUGAAGAUUGACGGUAUUUAGAAUAUGAAAUUGGGUGGUAUUAGUUACUGAUCUUUGUUUAGGGGUUAAAAUGGGAUCUUUUGACUCUAUUGUUAUAGGGUUUUUGGAAAUUUAAUUUGUUUCACGUAUUCUUGUACACACUAAAAUAGGAUAAACUGUUUAAUAUGUACAUUUAUAUAUGUUAAUUUGGGAUCAUUUGACUGUUUAAUAAAAUUUUGAAUUUCUCUGUUGGCUUGCUCAAUUACAAGUUGGAUAGCUAUUUUGAAGCUUGCUCAGUAUAUAGUUACGAAUAUGGAAAACAAACCCCUGCAGUAAUCAUAUGCUGCUAAAAAAUCAAGUGAAAAUUGUUGUUGUUUUUGUCAAAAAUAGAAAUUGUUGUGCUUAUUGGGGGUGAUUAUGGUCCUACUUUUGGGGGUGAUUGUGCUUAUUGGAGGUGAAUAUUCUUAUUGGGGUGUGAAUGUGGUCCUACUUUUGGAUUCAUUUGGAAAAUUAUACUUCAGAGUACCUGUAACAAUGGUAUUCCUUAUUCCUACCAUUUUGAGUAAUUUACUAUACAUUUUCAAUUACCCUAUCAUUACAAUAAACUUGGUCCUUGUUAUUUUUUAUUGUUAAUAUUAUUUAAAAAAAAAAACGUGUCCCUUGUUUUAAUGUAUUGUUAGUAUUAUGUAAAUACACUUGUCCCUUGUUUUUUUGUAUCGUUAAUAUCAUUACAAUAAACAUAAUUAUUCGUUUCUACAUUUACAAUGCAAGUGUUAUAGGAAAACAAUGUCACUUUGGCGAUUUGAAUUUAUACUCGAUACUCCUCAAAAGUUUACAACUGUGGUGAGUUGGCCACUUAUUUUCGGAUUAUCUACUUCAAGAUUUUUUAAAUGCCUUGCACAUCAUUGGUAAUACUAAAACGGCCCUAAUAUUAAAUCUUACCAGCGUAUUCCAACUCGUAUGAAUAGGGAGGUGCAAGAAUUAUGGAUUAAGAGGGAUUGUACAUAUCGUUUGUUAAGCCUUCACCGCAGAACUGAGAACAAAGUGUACCCUGUGCGGUUGAGACAUGUGUUUAAGGGUCCGAGGCAAUUUGAGACUUUUUUAAGUGAAGGAUGGAGGGAGUUUGUCACCUCAAGCAGUUUACGAAUAAGAGUCCGCCUCCUAUUAGUGUUAGAGGACGACGAUUGAAUGCUUUAUCAGGUUAGGAUAUGGCUUGACGAGAAAGAAAUUACAGUAGUGGACCCUUGGGUACUCAUAGAGAAUGAUGGUUCAAUAAGUGACGUCGACGAAAGGGAGUAUGUGCCCAAUGAGUGUUUGUGGAAGACACCCUCUUUUGAAUGCACAUUCACCAAAGGUUACAUCAACAAACCUAAAAUCAACAUUCCAUUACACUUUGCCCGUGCACAUGUCCAAGGUCUUAAAGACCCAACUGAUGUACGAUUGUAUGUGAGUCGGUGGUGGCCAGCAACAAUGCGCAUUCAGUUUGACAUAAACAACAAGAUUUUAACUUGCACCGUCAGAAAAGGAGUUUCAGAAAUGAUUGCGGGUGAAGGGGUUGAACUUGGUGAAAAGGCUCUGGUUGAGUUGGAAGAUAUGGAACCUCCAACAUUAGGCAUUACAUUCACUUGAUCCACCUAACUUUAGGCUCGUUAUUGCAAUUUGGCUUUCACUUGACUAGUACCAAUAUUUUGACUCAAUGGUACAUGGGGCUUUUGUUUGUCAAUAUUAGGACAUAACCUCUUGCAGUUGCUAUUUCUAAUAUUAAUCACUAACUUAUUGUAACGUAUUCUACUGCCUGGUUGAAUGCUUUUGAUUGUACAUUCUUCGACAUGAUCCUUUGCAAUUUGUGUAUUGUAAUGACUUAUUGAAUA